CUCUCUCUCACUCACUCACAGCCUCGCUUCACACCGACCACACGUCUCUGUCUGUCCCUCCUGUCCCCUCGUCCUCCACCGACAACCACCGACAUGUCCUCGCCGAAGAAAGGAGACUUGUCCCCCAGCGAGAAGGAGCUGUUCCAGGUCAUCACUGCAGGAAACGUUCAGGAAGCGUCGAGGCUGCUGGGGUGUAAAGAUGUCAGAGUCAACUGUUUGGAUGAGUACGGGAUGACCCCUCUCAUGCACGCUGCCUACAAAGGAAAGGCCGACAUGUGCAGGUUGCUGCUGCAGCACGGAGCCGACGUGAACUGCAACGAGCACGAGCACGGGUACACGGCGCUGAUGUUCGCCGGACUGUCAGGGAAGACCGACAUCACAUGGAUGAUGUUGGACGCGGGGGCGGAAACGGAUGUGGUCAACUCUGUCGGAAGGACCGCGGCACAGAUGGCUGCCUUUGUCGGGCAACACGACUGCGUCACGGUGAUAAACAACUUCUUCUCACGGGCCCGACUCGAUUACUACACCAGGCCGCAGGGUUUGGAGAAGGAGCCGAAGCUGCCGUCCAAACUGGCCGGACCCCUCCACAAGGUCAUCAUGAGCACCAACCUGAACCCGGUCAAGAUGGUGAUGCUGGUGAAGGAGAACCCCCUGCUGGCCGAGGUGGAGGCUCUGGAGAAGUGUCGCCGGGUGAUGGAGCUCAUCUGUGAGAAGUGCAUCAAGCAGCAGGACAUGAACGAGGUGCUCGCCAUGAAGAUGCACUACAUCAGCUGCGUGCUGGGGAAGUGUGCGUCCUUCCUGAAGAACCGCGAGGACAAGCUGGACGGACUCGUCAAGAGUUUGCUGAAAGGCCGAGACAGCGAUGGCUUCCCUGUCUAUGAAGAGAAGUUCAUCAGGGAAUGUAUUCGUAAGUUCCCGUACUGCGACGCCACUCUGCUGCAGCAGCUGGUCCGGAGCAUCGCCCCCGUGGACAUCGGGAAUGACCCCACGGCUCUGUCUGUGCUGACUCAGGCCAUCACGGGUCAGGUCGGCUUCAUGGACGCAGAGUUCUGUACGUCGUGUGGAGAGAAAGGAGCCGAGAAGAGAUGCUCCAUCUGUAAAAUGGUGAUCUACUGCGACCAGGACUGUCAGAAGAUGCACUGGUUCACCCACAAGAAAGUUUGUAAGCAGCUUCAGGACCAGAGAGAGGCACAAGAAGAAGAAUCAGCCAGACUCAGGAUGCAGCAGACAAAUGACGAGAGCGCCGCGGUGCAGGAGGCCACGGACUCCAUACAGGAGCUGUCGGUGGAGAACAGCAGUGAAGUCGCUUCUUUGGACGUCUCAGAAACCUCAGCCCCCCCUUCCGCCGCAGCCGCUGACAACUGAGGACCAUGUGACCGUGGGCGUGUCAGCCGCCACCUUCUCCAGGAAACACCCCCGUCCACCGACAGAGACCUGGCAGCGAGACGUGAAGCCAGACCCGGUCCGACAGGAGGGAGGAGCCUACAUAUUUAUUAUGGAGCUGAGACUCUCACACUAAAGCCUCUAAGGAAGGUUUGUGGCACAGCCGCCAACCGUUUGUCCUUUUUUAUGUUUUCUGGUAAUAUCGUGGUAUGUGAAUUUGAGCCCUGGUGUAGGCUGAUGUGUGUGGUAGAGGUCUGGGGGGAGGAGUUAAGGGUUCGUAUCCAUCUGCCUUAAGAAGAGAUAGCAGCCUGUGUGGGGGAUAAAGUGACUGAUGUUUGUUCACAAUUUACUUGAUUUGAUAUUGAUUGGUUGUUUUUUGUACUGAUAACCUCGUGGUAGAUUGUGAGUGGACAGCGUGGCUGCACACUGAUGACCAAAAAUGUAUAUUUUUUAAACAUGAAGGAUAUAAUUAUGGCUUUAUUUUGGAAUUGAUAGAUGACGUUAAUGCUCAGGAUUUUCCUAAUUUCUCAUUUCGCUGAUUCACCUGUUGACAGAAUGUUGUUGUACAAGAAAGAAAGAUACAUGUUCAUGACUUACAAACAAAACUUCUUUUACUUUGAAAAAUCAGUGAUAAUCUUUGAUUAUUUUCCAGUGUACCGAGAAGCUGAACAUGUGCAACAAGACUGUUUGUCCCGAAUUAUCAUUAAAU